AUGGCGCACUCGCAAAGACCCAGGAUGCAGUCUUCGGGAAUUUCGACCUUGAACCUCAACAAGACGGCACGGCCAGGCCUUGAACGUGCUCCUACCUCGACAAAUCUCACCAGGCCGCUGCCCAUCCAUCGGCUCGACGGCAAAGUGGCUUUCAUCACGGGCGGUGGUGGAAAAGUUGGUGUUGAAACAGCAGGGCGUCUGCUCAUCGAGGGCGCAAAUGUAGCUCUAAUCGACAUCAACCAGCAAUCACUCGAAGUAGCGGUGCCUGUGCUCAGGGCUGCAAUCCCUACGGGCGUGCCGUUGGAAAGCAGAUUGUUGACCAUCGCGGCUGAUGCCACCAACGAGUCAGACGUCGAGGCGUGUGUAAAGAAGACGGUCCAGCGAUUCGGGAGACUGGAUUGUGCUCUACUCAACGCAGGGGAGAGGGAUGACAGUAAAAGCCUCUUCGACACGACGGCAGAAGACUUCGAGAGCAUCAUGACCACCAACGCAAGGUCAGGCCUACGAGGCUUCCCUGGCCUCAUCUCUUAUUCCUCAAGCAAAUUUGCACUUCGCGGCAUCGCCCUUACAGCAGCUGAAGAACUUGGCGAAUUUGAUAUCCGCGUCAACACGAUCCACACUUCCAUUAUUGAUUCUGGUCCUGGUUUCAAGGAGGGAUGGACCCAGGAGAGGCUGGACGAGCUGAAAGGAGAGACUGCUCUCGGACGCUUCGGUCGCCCAGAUGAUGUCGCGAAUGUAGUCGCGUUCCUGGCCAGCGAAGACAGCAAGUUUAUGACAGGAGGUAAGACUUUUUUUACUUGA